AUGGUUGAGGCUUCAUGGAAUGCCCCGGUGUAUGGUAACCCUGAUUUUAUAUUUCCUUUCAAACUGAAAAGAUUGAAGGAAGCUAUGAAGUUGUGGAAUCAACAGGUGUUUGGCAAUGUCAAUGCACAGCUUAAACAGGCUCAACUGAAGAUUGAAGUGGCUAGUAGAAAUUCGGAUGAGGACCCUUUUGAUACUUCAAAACAGAAUGUGAUGAAGGAUGUGUUGGUGGCUGUCCAGGAGGUGCGUAUGCAACAUCAUAUUAUGUUAAAGCAAAAGUCUCGCAACAAAUGGAUUUUGGAGGGUUCUAGUAAUACUUCUUACUUCCACAGUACUAUCAAUACUCGUAGAAGCGCCAAUACUAUUUCGGAGUUGGUGGCAGAUGACGGGUCACUUAUCAAUGAGCCGGACCAAUUAAGAGAUCAUGUGGUUUCUUAUUAUGAGAAUAAAUUUACUGGGGAUUAUUUAGCGAUUGAUGAACACUCGUUUGAGUAUGAACAUGACUCCAUAUCUUUGGAGGAGAGUCAGAUGUUGGAUUCUAUUCCUUCAAUGGAGGAAAUUAAGGCGGUGGUUUUUGAUUUAGGUGCGGAUAGUGCUCCAGGUCCGGAUGGAUUCUCGGGGUGUUUUUAUAGACACUGUUGGGAUUUAAGUCAUCAAUAUCUAGCCAAGGAUAUUAUUUUUUGCUGGAAUAAUAAAUCUGUUCCUAAUGGGGCUAACUCUAGUCUCAUUAUUUUGCUGGCUAAGGUGAGAGGUGCGGAUAGUUUAAGGAAAUAUAGACCUAUUGGUCUAAGUGAUAUUUUCUUCAAAAUUUUUACUAAAAUUCUGGCUGCUAGACUUGUUAAGGUCUUGCAUAAUUUGGUCUCGGAGAAAAAAAUGACUUUUAUGAAGGGGAGGAAUAUUCAUGAAAACAUUAGUUUGGCUUCGGAGAUGGUGAAUGAGCUUCACAUUAAAAGGAAGGAUGGUAAUCUGGGUCUCAAACUUGAUAUUUCUCAGGAUUUUGAUACGGGAAAUAUGAAGAGUCUGACAAACUUGGUGAAGCUGCUUAAGGAUUAUCAACGUGCUUAUGGUCAGCGUGUGAUGCCUGGAGCGGUGAAGUAUAGUCAUAUCAGCAAUGUUGUGGACAAACUUAAGGAUCAGUUGUCGGUUUUUAAAGGUAAGAUGUUUUCCUUUCAAGAUCGAGUGGUUCUUGUUAAAACUGUCCUUUCUAGCUACGCGAUUCAUAACAUGGUUGUGUAUAAGUGGCCUGUAAAAUUUGUCAAACAAUGUGAACGAGUGAUUCGUAAUUCCCUUUGGCCGGGAGAUUCGAAUUUGUCUAGAGCUUUUGUGGGUUAUGACAAGAUAUGCAGUCCGGUGCGGGAAGGUGGUCUUGGGUUAACUAUCUUAAGAACUAUGAAAAAGGCGCUGAUCAUGAAGACGUGGUGGAGCAUUAAGGCUUCGAAGAAGAAAUGGUCUAGAUUCUUAGAGUCGAAGUUCACUUGCAGAGAUGGCCGUCUGAAGUUGGUUGGAGUUAAAUCUUCGAUUCUUCCUGGAAUUCGUUGGGUGCACCAAGAGGUGAUUCGCAAUACCAAAUCUUUGGUUGGAGAUGGGAGGGCGACUUCUCUUUUUUAUGAUGUAUGGUACGAAACUGAAGCCUUGGCGGAAGUUUUGAAUCGCACUGAUCUUGAUAGAAACGCAAGGGUUAGUGAUAUUAUUGUGCAGGAACAAUGGCAGUUGGAGGGGGAUCAUUUUCAGGACCUUACAAAUGCUGGCGUUGUUCUGGAGGAGAUUCCAAGGCGUCGUGCUGGUAGUGAUAAGAAUAUUUGGAUGCCAGACUUCAAAGGCUUGUUUUCUGUCAAGUCUGCCAGGGAACUCGUUAGGACUAAAUACCCAAAUCUAGAGGAGGCUAAGCUGUUAUGGAAGAAAGUCGUUCACCCUUCAUUGGCGGCUCAAAAUUGGAAGUUUGUCCGUGGAGCAUGUGCAACGUUGGACAAGUGGCAUUGUGAAAGAAUUGUGGCUGGUGGCAAAUAUGGUGAUGAGAUAUCUGAAUUAUGGUUUGCAAGAAACAAGAAAGUUUAUGAAAAGAAGACGCCUUGCUGGUUUAUUUUCCAGAAGCGAGUUUUCAACUUAAUUCAUGAAUACUCAGCGCGAAUGAGAGGUUACAUGCAUAAUACUUUGGCGGAUCUGAAGGUGCUGGACUUUUUCCGUGUGAGCUUCAGAAAAGUGAAACAUGCUGAUCCUAAAGUUUGUUAUUGGACGCCUCCAAAUCAAAUGAGCUGCUUCUUUGUACUGACGAGCCUCAAGAGGCAAUCCAGGGGUGGCGGGAGCUGGGGUGGUGGCGAGAAAUGCUAA